UACUCUUUGUUUGCUCUCUUACUGUUUCAUGUUAUUAAUUUAAUCAUAAAUUCUUUACCUUUGAAAAGUGUUGCAUCUUAUCGAUCACAUUAUCCAUUUAAUUAAUUGAUUGUUUUCUUUUUACAUUUUUGUUUUUCAUUGGAUUAAUCAGUUAACACAUUAUCUUUACCAUGGCUGAUAAAAAUGAAAACGAAUAUGAAUUUGAAUAUACAAAGGUCACCAAAACAACUAAAGUAAUCAGUGGACUGUCUCUUCUUUACGGCAAAGAAUUGAAAGAAUAUGAUAAUAUACCUAUCGAAGAUUUAUUGAAUCAAUUAAGUGAAGAAGAGAUAGAACAAUUAAUCAAUGAUGUCGAUCCAGAUGAUUCACAUAUUCCACCUUCCUUAAGGUGUAGAGAGCAAACAAAGAAAGCGCCAACAGGACCUUUAAAUAGAGAAAAAUUGUUGGAAUUUUUAAAAAAUUUUGCUCUCAACCAGGAAGAUUGGCCGGAAAAUAAGCCCUUCCAACCCGGUGUUAAACGAGGUGCUGUUUGGAAACCCAAGGAAACACCUAAAGUUUCAGAUGAGGAGACACGAAUUAUGUUGGACUUGGAUGAUGAAUCAAGUGAAGCUCUGAAAAAUGCCACUGAAUCUGACCUGGUUGAUCUCGCCGGUAUUUUAGGUUUACAUUCAAUGUUGAACCAAGACCAGUUUUAUGCUUCGGUCACCAACAAAGGUCAAGGAUCAGAGGCCAAAUUUGAGUCUAUCGUGAAAGCAACAGUACCCAAGCGAGUGCCCAAUCUACCAGACAAUGCUACCGAUGUUGGUAAAACAAUGAAACAAGUCAGUGAAGAUGAUAAAAAGUUGCAGGAACUCAAUUGGAAUAACAUUAAACACAUACCAAGAGAUUCAUUCAAAAAAUUAUUCGAAGGUCUCAAGACAAACACUACCCUUACAACUUUAGACUUGGCCAAUACAGGAUUAACUGAUGGUCCGACAGCGGUGUUGGUUGAAGCGCUCAAAGAAAACAAAACAUUGACCUGUCUCAACUUGGAAUCUAAUUUCCUUUCUGGUUCCAUGGUUAGAGAUAUUCUUGCAGCAAUUAACGUUAAUCAAGUUAUUCGUGAAUUUCGAGCCUCAAAUCAAAGACCAGCUAUUCUAGGUAAUAGAAUUGAGAUGGAAAUAACCAAAUUGGUGGAAGCAAACAAUUCACUGAUUCGACUUGGUUUACAUUUAGAUGCUCCUGAUGCUCGAACAAGAGUAACUCAACAAAUACAGAAAAAUACGGAUGCUUUGAGACUUCAAAGAAUUGGAUCUAAAUCGACUAUACCAAGCCAAGGCAAAGAUUUAAUCUCUGUGUGAAAACGCGGCUUCGAGGUGAUAUAAGAUAAUUUAUUUGGUUGGUGGUUGAAGCAUCCUAAGCAUCUUUUUGUUUCAUUUCAUUUUCUCAUCCCAAAGUAUCAGACGAAAUCAUCCAUCAUUAAAGAAAAGCUGAUGAAAUAACUCGAAUUGAUAUAUUAAUUAUAAUACCGGAAAUUCGAGGUCUUUUUUGUUCUUUUUCUUCUCUCAUCCUAUUCUACUUUAUAUAAUUUUCUCUUCACAUGCUGUCAUCAUUGUCUAUUCAUCUGCUUUUCAUCAACACGAUGAAUGCUCGUCUUGAGCCCACUGAGUAUUUGGCCACCAGGACUUUCUUAAACAUUCAUCAUGAAGAUAAUUGUAAAAUUGUAACUACAAAAGGCGUAAAUAAGAAAAGUCAAUUUCCUGUUUGGACAUAACCUGCUAAAUCUCAUGGUGUCGAGGGAUAGCUAAUUAUUAAUGAUCUGAUUAUAAUUUAUCUACAGUAAGGCCUGUAAAUUAUACCCGAAAGCGAUGAGAUGUAAUCCGGUUGAUAACCUAUUGAGCUUUUUCAAUCCAUUUGAUUAGCAACAAGUUUUUUUUCUCAUUUGUUUUCCUUUUCCUUUUCUCUUGACACAUUCUAUUUCUCUCUGUACUUAUUGUAUUAUCUUCUUUCAGUUAAUAUGAUAAACUCUUCAGUUUUCUUUUCUUUCCGAGACUGUAUCAUGUACACAUCAUGAUCCUUGAGCUUAUCUCAACCCGGUACAAUUAAACAAUAACAUCAAUGUUUAUUUCCAAUGUCAAAUUAUUGUGACGAAAAGUAAUCAAAACCAUUGAAUAAUUAACAAUAUUCAGGUUACUGUUUAAUUAA